AUGUUUGAGCUCUUUCGUGCAUUUUGCUCAGGCAGCUGUGCUCGCAGCGGGGCUGAUGGGACAGCCCCGCCACCUCAGAGCCAAAGCCGGCCGGACUCCAAAGGCGCAAGCUUCCUCGAUGCCCUGUCACUGAAGCCCUCCGUUGUCGACGAUGGCGAGUUGCUUUUCCCGCCCCGCCAGGUGCGACCGAACCGAGGCUCUAGUGCACCCCGGGCCAAGAGCGGAAGGUGGUCCCAGCGCUCGCAGUACACCGGCGCAGACUUCCAGGACCUUCCCGCCGAAAGGGGGGCCCUGCGAAACUGGCCAAGUGAGUCGCGGUCCUGA